UACCAUGGUAAAACGGGCACAAAUCAAGACGAAAAAUCGCUCUGUAUAUAAACGUUUGAACCCUCACGGAAACGCGGCUUGGAUGCGUGUACCGGUGAAAAGACACGUACAGCAGUAACCAAGGGAAAAUAUCAGAAGAAAAAGGAAACGGGAUUUGGGGACUUUGAAUGUGUUGUUUUUAAGAAAACUUGGAUUUUUGGGAACCCAGGUGGUCGUGUUUUAAUCAAAAAAGCAAAAUGGGACGAGGAUCUUUGGACUCCCAUCACACAGAAAGAGUCAAAGAGCUUUUACUCUCAGCACGCAGUGAAAAGAUCUCGGUGCUGAACUUCUUCACCACUACAUCACUCAAACACUGACCAUCCACAGGAGAUUUAAUGCCCCCCCUCUCCACCACAGGAAGGUCGAGAACAAUAUGAGCUGGCGGCCACAUCAGAGCAGGGGGGCAAGAAGUCAAAGUCCAAGGGCAAAAAAGAAAAGGAUAAAGAUAUGGAUGAACUCAAAAAAGAAGUGGACUUGGAUGAUCACAGACUGUCACUGGAUGAGCUCACUAGGAAAUACAGCACUGAUUUAACCAGGGGAUUGUCAGUUGCUCGGGCAAAGGAAAUCUUGGCACGUGAUGGACCCAAUGCAUUGACUCCACCUCCAACAACCCCAGAAUGGGUUAAGUUCUGCAAGCAGCUCUUUGGAGGAUUCUCAACUCUCCUGUGGAUUGGAGCUAUCCUUUGUUUUCUUGCAUAUGGAAUCCAGGCAGCCUCGGAGGAGGAACCUGCCAAUGACAACUUGUAUCUGGGAAUUGUGCUUUCUGCUGUCGUGAUGAUUACUGGAUGUUUCUCAUACUAUCAAGAGGCCAAGAGCUCAAAGAUCAUGGACUCCUUCAAGAACCUUGUCCCUCAGCAAGCCUUGGUUAUCCGUGAUGGUGAGAAGAACAAUAUCAAUGCUGAGGAAGUGGUGGUUGGAGAUCUUGUGGAAGUAAAGGGUGGCGACAGAAUUCCUGCUGAUCUGCGUAUCAUUUCUGCUCAUGGAUGCAAGGUUGACAACUCUUCACUUACCGGUGAAUCUGAGCCCCAGACUCGUACUCCUGAUUUCUCCAACGAAAACCCUCUGGAGACCAGAAACAUUGCAUUCUUCUCUACCAACUGUGUUGAAGGUACUGCCAGAGGUAUCGUCAUCAACACUGGUGACCGUACUGUCAUGGGUCGUAUCGCCACCCUUGCCUCUGGUCUUGAAGUUGGUCGCACUCCCAUCUCCAUUGAGAUUGAGCAUUUCAUCCACAUCAUCACUGGUGUAGCUGUCUUCCUGGGUGUUUCCUUCUUCAUCCUGUCCCUGAUCCUUGGCUACACUUGGCUGGAAGCAGUCAUCUUCCUGAUUGGUAUCAUUGUUGCCAAUGUGCCAGAAGGUCUCUUGGCUACUGUAACUGUGUGUCUGACUCUGACUGCCAAACGUAUGGCGAAGAAGAACUGCCUUGUAAAGAACCUCGAAGCGGUUGAGACUCUUGGCUCAACCUCAACCAUCUGCUCUGACAAGACUGGAACUUUGACCCAGAACCGAAUGACUGUGGCUCACAUGUGGUUUGACAACCAGAUUCAUGAAGCAGACACCACAGAGAACCAGAGUGGAACCUCCUUUGAUAGGAGCUCAUCUACAUGGGCCGCCCUUGCACGAGUCGCUGGCUUGUGCAACCGUGCUGUCUUCCUUGCUGAGCAAGAAAACAUCCCAAUUCUUAAGAGAGAUGUGGCUGGUGAUGCCUCAGAAUCUGCCCUCCUAAAGUGUAUUGAGCUCUGCUGUGGUUCAGUGAAGGGAAUGAGAGAGAAGUACUACAAGAUUGCAGAGAUUCCUUUCAAUUCCACCAACAAAUACCAGCUUUCCAUCCACAAGAACCUCAAUUCAUCUGAAACCAAACACCUGCUGGUCAUGAAAGGAGCUCCUGAGAGAAUCCUGGACAGAUGCUCCUCUAUUUUGAUCCAGGGAAAAGAGCAUCCCCUUGAUGAUGAGAUGAAGGAUGCCUUCCAGAAUGCCUACUUGGAACUUGGUGGCCUGGGAGAAAGAGUACUGGGAUUCUGUCACUUUAACCUUCCUGAUGAACAGUUUCCUGAGGACUUCCAGUUUGAUACAGAGGAGGUUAACUUCCCGACUGAGAACCUGUGUUUCAUUGGCCUUAUGUCCAUGAUUGACCCUCCUCGUGCAGCUGUCCCAGAUGCCGUGGGCAAGUGUAGGAGUGCUGGAAUCAAGGUUAUCAUGGUUACAGGUGAUCAUCCAAUCACAGCCAAGGCCAUUGCUAAGGGAGUGGGUAUCAUAUCUGAGGGCAAUGAAACUGUUGAAGACAUUGCUGCUCGCUUAAACAUUCCUAUUAACGAAGUCGACCCAAGGGAUGCCAAGGCUUGUGUGAUCCAUGGUGGAGAUCUGAAGGACCUGACUGCUGAGCAAUUAGAUGAUGUCUUGAAACACCACACAGAAAUAGUGUUUGCCAGAACUUCUCCUCAGCAGAAGCUGAUUAUCGUUGAAGGCUGCCAGAGACAGGGUGCCAUUGUAGCUGUAACUGGUGAUGGUGUGAAUGAUUCUCCUGCUCUGAAGAAGGCUGACAUUGGUGUGGCUAUGGGUAUUGCUGGAUCUGAUGUAUCCAAACAGGCUGCUGACAUGAUCCUUUUGGAUGACAACUUUGCUUCAAUUGUCACUGGAGUAGAAGAAGGUCGUCUGAUCUUUGACAACUUAAAGAAAUCCAUUGCUUACACCUUGACCAGUAACAUCCCUGAGAUCACCCCCUUCCUCCUCUUCAUCUGUGCCAACAUUCCUCUUCCUUUGGGUACCGUCACAAUCCUCUGUAUCGAUCUGGGAACUGACAUGGUUCCUGCUAUCUCCUUGGCCUAUGAAGCUGCUGAGAGCGACAUCAUGAAGCGGCAACCCAGAAACCCCAAGACGGACAAACUUGUGAAUGAGAGGCUCAUUAGCAUAGCCUACGGUCAGAUCGGUAUGAUUCAAGCUCUGGCUGGGUUCUUUACAUAUUUUGUCAUCCUGGCUGAAAAUGGCUUCCUGCCAUCAACAUUGCUGGGUAUUCGUGUAUUAUGGGAUGACAAAUAUGUUAAUGACCUGGAAGACAGUUAUGGCCAACAGUGGACAUAUGAGCAGAGGAAGAUUGUGGAGUUCACAUGCCACACCGCUUUCUUCACCAGUAUUGUAAUUGUACAGUGGGCUGACUUGAUCAUCUGCAAGACCAGAAGGAACUCUGUCUUCCAGCAAGGAAUGAAGAAUAAGAUUCUCAUCUUUGGACUGUUUGAGGAAACUGCUCUUGCAGCCUUCCUGUCCUACUGCCCAGGAAUGGAUGUUGCCCUUAGAAUGUACCCACUAAAACCAAACUGGUGGUUCUGCGCCUUCCCCUAUUCACUCCUUAUCUUUAUUUAUGAUGAAAUCCGAAAACUUAUCAUCCGACGCAGCCCAGGAGGUUGGGUGGAGAGGGAGACCUACUAUUGAAGCAUCCAGUCUGCAUUACACAAAGUUUAUUUGCAUGGUUGUCGUGCUGCUCAGAAUUUGAACCUCAGUAAUUUGGAUGUUUUUUUUAUAUAGGGAAUGCUUGAUAAAAACACUGAGAUCGUGAACCAAGACAUUGCGUGCCUUGUUUCUAAAGCCAGACCAAUUUUAUACAUGUUUUUAAAAGUGUAAUAUAAAAAUAAACUUGCAGCCAGGUCCCACGUUUGUAUCAUUUCCAUCUUUUUAAUUUGUAAUUAUGUUUAUCUCUCUGUUUGUUCUUUUUAAUUUGGCAAGUGCUUGGAGCCUGUGUGCAUGACACAAAUGCCAAUGUUUUUGUUGUCUGGCACUCUUAUGUUUCCAUUGUGACCAUAGUUUACAUCUAAAUACCAUAGUAACUACAUUGGAUAUUACUGUAAAUUAAUAAAUGUAUGACAUUUUCAUAAUGCCAUCUAAAAAGCUUUUAGAGUCUUUCUGUCCUUUGAACGAAAGUGGUUGGCUAAUAUGACCAAUAAUGACCAAUAAACAUUAACUGUGAUAUUACUGUGAAAACUAUGGUUACUAUUGUACACUUGUAAGGAAACAACAUAUAUAUUAUUUUUUUUUUUUUUUUUUUUUUUAAACGUUGUUUGAAAACAAGUUUCUGCAAGCAAGCCAAAUAAGAAAUCCUGGCUGGUUCUCUGCCAGUCUCCUUUCCAUUUUAACAGCCUCAACUAUUAAAAAGUAAAACACAAAUGAAUAACUUUACUGUACAGUGAGAGUGGGCACAUUUUAAUCAGGUUUAAAAUGUCUAAUCCAGGUCUCAUGCGUGGAGGAGACCGGAGCACCAUGUCCCUAAACCCGCUCUACAUGGUUUUGGCCAAAGUAUCCUGAGUCACAAUCAACAAAGUGGGCAGUGAAUGCAAUAAUAUAUGUAGAGAUUAACCAAUGCUUUUUUCUCUCUCCAAUUGAUAAGUUAAAUGUCUAACAACUACAGAACUGAUUUUUAAAUAUAUUUUUGUUUUUACAUUUUGACAAGUAGUUUUUAGAUUUAAGUUGUGUUGAUAUGAAUGUAAAGGAAUAUUUUGGGUUUAAUAUAAGUUAAGCUCGAUCAACAGCAUUUGUGGCAAUGUUGAUGAUUACCACAAAAAUAAUUUAGACUCGUCCCUCCCUUUUCAUAAAUAAAUAAAAAAAUCUUGGUUUCAGUGGGGCACUUGCUGUACAAUGGAAGUGAUUGGGGCAAAUUUUUGGAGGGUUUAAAGGCAGGAAUAUUAAGCUAAUUAUUUUAUAAAGGCACUUACAUUAAUUCUUCUGUUAAAACUUGUGUAUUAUUUUAGCUGUAAAGUUGUUUAAAUAGUCAUUUUUGCUGUCUAUAUAACUAAGUAAAAUAAAACUAAUAAAAAUUUUUUUUUUUUAAGAAAAGGAGGGAUGAGUCUAAAAAAAUGUUGUGGCGGUUGAUUGAACUUAACUUGUAUUGAACGUUUAAUUGUAAAUGGUCCCAUAAUAAGCUUCAUUUUAUGUAUACAAAAUAUAAUUACGUAUUUAUUUUCUUUGCGGGAAAAAAAAUUACCCUGCACUGUAAAAAAAUAGAAAGUUAAGUUAACUUAAAAAAAAGUUAGGCAACCAGCUGCAAAGCAUUUUUGACUUUACUCAUCUUCAGGUGAAUUAGUUGCACCAACUUAACAAUUUGGAUUGUUGGAUUGUAAGUUCCAUGAAUUCAAAACAAUAAGUUCAGCAAACUUAAAAAAUAUAAAUGAUUAUUAAGUUCAGUAAACUUGCAUUUUUAAGUACAGCUGUCCAUAAUUUUGAAAAUAUAUAAAAAGAUGUUCUUUAUAUAUGCUCAAAAUCUUGUAAGUUCUACCUUCACCAGAAAACUUGACAAUGUAUGUGCUCACUGUUUAAAAAUUUACUCUGACUUAAAUGUCUUUUGAUAGUUCAUUCAACUUUUAAAAUUUAGUUUAUCUGACAAAAUUGAAGCUGCAUUUUUUUACAGUGUGCCAUGUCUGGAUACAAAGCAGAACGUCACUGCCAUGUCGUUUUUUUAAUACAAUGUAGUGGUAAAUAUCAUCACUAUGCUAUUGGUUGCAACUUCCAUGUUUUUUCAGCUCUGCUAUCUGUUAACGAAUCCCAUUUUACUCAUCAAUCAAUGGCAGAGUACUUGAAGUGUUCUCUAGGGCUUCCGAAACGAGGGGUCAGGGGGAGGUCAAUAGAGGAGGUUUGUGCACGCAACUUGGCACAGUCCAGUGCAGUGGGAGUAAUCCUUUACAAAGGAGGGGAGAUAAAUUCUUGUUCAGUUUGUACAAACCAUGUUUGUUCACAUUGUGUUUGAGCAUGAUUUUUACAUGACUAUGCAUUUUCAAACUACAUUGUUUUCUGAUAAAUGUUGAAAUAAGCAUGUGGGUCAGUUGAGGAGUAAAAACCUUUAGAAGAGACUUCAAAUAAACUCUUCAAAUCAAGAGUCACCAGCCUCAGUGCUUAUAACCUUAAAAGUAGAUGGACUUGCAUGUGCAAUAUGUAUAAAUGCCAAACCAUUUUGGACUCAAAAACUGAACGCAAUCCAUUAAAAGUGGAGAUUGUUGAUCAUGUUACUAAAUCAUGUUAUGCAGAUCCUAAAUGUGAUUAGAUUCCUAUGAGAAUGAAGACUGUUACAGUGGAACCAAUAAAGCAGACUUUUUACCAUG